ACAGUCGACGUGGGGUGUGCUGUCGCAUAUCUAGCAACGAAAGAGGUACUCUCUUGUACUAGAGUCGUCAGUACCAGAAUCAAUAGUCUACACGUCAUCGAUUAAAGUAAGACUACCAAACUUCACAGCAGUCGAAGUGAUUUCAGCGAUGGUCAACGUCCAAGCCAGUCUCGGUCUACCUUCCCACAUGCAAGAACGCUUUGGGACAGUUGUGGCUGUCUCUGAGCAAUCUGAUUCUGGAGGAAACACUAGGAGCCUAUUCGACCCGACUACUGGGACAUACGAGCCUGUCGAUACGCCAUCACUUUCUCUGCCCGAUUACACCAGGCUACCUAGACGAGAGCGAUCAGAUUACUCAUCUUCGAAUAGGUCAGGAGAGUGCUAUGCCUGUGCACGUACUGGUCACAAUUUCAAUGCGUGCCCUCUUCUUUGCAACAUGAUAAGAGAAGAAGUCCUCAUUUAUGACGGUGAGGAGAAAGCUUACAAGAUCGGAUGGCUCGACAGCAGUCUGGGAAGAGCAGGUUCAAGAGUUCCAGGAAACGUUAUAACCGCGGCAAGAGCAAAAGGGGAGAGUUGCAUCUACCACAUUCUAAAGUGGAUGUAUGACAACUGCGAGCGUCUCAAAGGAGAAGUAUCUAACUCUACUGUGCCCGUCUGCGCUGACCUAUUGACAACCCCUGUUAGCUGGGUUUGGCUAAACAGCAUCCUAAACAGAUGCCAGAGGCACCACUGCUCCACCAAAUACUGUGUCCCUGUGAACAAGAAGAAGGCAGCGGAGGCAGCGGAGAAGAACAUCCCCCCUCAGAGCGGGAGUGCUGGUUCUACUACUGUCACAUACGCUUGUAUCGCUCCUUCGAGCUCUAGUCAACUAUAUAAAAUAUAAACAGAUCUCUAAGAUCUCCAAUAUUAGAUGAUCUUAGAAAAGACAAG